AUGUUCAUCUGUCUCCUGUCUGUGGAGUUUACUCAAUACGUGAUGCGGACAGUCUGUCUAGGGAUUGGGCCGCUGCCCCUGCUAGCAUCUCCUCUGCAUACCUCCAUACUCAACGCAACCAACCCAGUCCCGGGUCCUCUUUGCUUACACCUCUACAUCCAAGUACAACUCAUCUCACCCAUCACCAUCUUCACCAUCACAGCCAUCACAGCCAUGGCCUCCAUCCAACAACCCACAAAUACCCCACUAACAAGAUGGUACAUGGACAUGCGCAAUCUCACAAACCACCCACCCCUCCCCCUCCUCGACACCCUCAAGCCCACCGAGCAAGAAGCCGUAACGCGCUUCUACCACCAAAAAGACCGCCAGAUGUCGCUGGCCUCCAACCUCCUCAAAUACCUCUUCGUCCACCGCACCUGCCGCAUCCCCUGGCCCGAAAUCAUCAUCAGCCGCACCCCCGCCCCGCACAAACGCCCCUGCUUCAUCCCCGCCGCAGACAACCCGCGCGCAGCCGCCCUCCCCACGCUCGAAUUCAACGUCAGCCACCAGGCCUCCCUCGUCGCCCUCGCCGGCACCUCCACGCCCAGCCCCGCUUCCACCCAGCAGAAAGAGCGUCUCCUCACCGCCGCCCCGGACCCCGCGGCUACGCCGCUCCCGUCCCUCCCGCAGGUCGGCAUCGACAUCACCUGCGUGAAUGAGCGGCGCGCAGAUGCGACCCCCACCCUUGCUGCACUCAACGAGUACGUCGAUAUCUUCGCGGAGGUGUUCUCGGCCCGGGAGUUGGAGACGAUCAAAUCGACCGCUGCGCGGGAGAAUGAUCCUGCGUAUGGAUACAGGCUGUUCUAUGCGUUCUGGGCGCUCAAGGAGGCGUACAUUAAGAUGACGGGCGAAGCGCUGCUGGCGCCGUGGCUGCGCGAGCUGGAGUUUACGGAUGUGCGGGCUCCUGAGCCGCGCGUGCAGCAUCCGUAUACCGGGGUGCGGACGUGGCUGUAUGGGAAGCUUGUGGAGGACGUGCGGGUGGAGAUUGAGGCGUUUGAGGAUGAUUACCUUAUUGCGACUGCGGCGCGGGGUGGGAAAGUCGGGUCUGCUGCGUCUGGAGGUGGGGAGGGUAUAGAUGGCUGGGGGCCUUUGCGUAGGAUUACGAUUGAAGAUGUUGCGCCUUGCGCGCGGGGCCAGUGUCAGUGUUUGGAUGGGUGUUAG